CGACGCAGCCACCCGCGCGCACGCGCUCGCUCGGCCACCCGCGCCCGAGCCUCAGUCCGCGCUCGGCGCCGGGGGUCUGCGGGCCCUUUGGGCUCCGGGCGGCGCGAGGGGCGAGCGGGAGCCGGCAGCGCGGGCCGCCGAGCGCCAGGCGCCGGCCAAGCUGCUGCGCGCCUGGGCGCCCGGCGGGGUUGGGGACGGUUGCUGGGUGCCGACGAGCCGAGCUAGCCGAUUGCAGCGGAAAAGCAAAGAUGUCACAGUGGAUCCUUUGCCUCCAGGACACCUUAAGGUGAGAGUAAGAUCUCUGGCUGGCUGGAACCGGCCUAGAGGAGUGUAAGGCAGCCAUGGACAUGGAGUACGAGCUACUCAACGAGAGCCGCCCGUGGCUUUCCCCUCCCUUUGACCUCAAUGGCUCUGUGGUGGCGGCCAACGGCUCCAACCAGACAGAGCCAUACUAUGAUCUGACCAGCAACGCAGUCCUCACGUUCAUAUAUUUUGUAGUCUGCAUCAUUGGAUUGUGCGGCAAUACGCUUGUCAUUUACGUCAUCCUCCGCUAUGCCAAGAUGAAGACCAUCACCAACAUUUACAUCCUCAACCUGGCCAUCGCGGACGAGCUCUUCAUGCUGGGUCUGCCCUUCCUGGCCAUGCAGGUGGCUCUGGUCCAUUGGCCCUUUGGCAAGGCCAUCUGCCGGGUGGUCAUGACUGUGGAUGGCAUCAAUCAGUUCACCAGCAUUUUCUGCUUGACAGUCAUGAGCAUUGAUCGAUACCUGGCUGUGGUCCACCCCAUCAAGUCGGCCAAGUGGAGGAGACCCCGAACGGCCAAGAUGGUCAAUGUGGCUGUGUGGGGAGUGUCUCUGCUGGUCAUCUUGCCCAUCAUGAUCUAUGCUGGGCUUCGGAGCAACCAGUGGGGGAGAAGCAGCUGUACCAUCAACUGGCCAGGUGAAUCUGGGGCAUGGUACACAGGGUUCAUUAUCUACACCUUCAUCUUGGGGUUCCUGGUGCCCCUCACCAUCAUUUGUCUUUGCUACCUGUUCAUUAUCAUCAAGGUGAAGUCCUCUGGGAUCCGCGUGGGUUCCUCCAAGAGGAAAAAGUCUGAGAAGAAGGUCACCCGGAUGGUGUCCAUAGUGGUGGCCGUCUUCAUUUUCUGCUGGCUCCCCUUCUACAUAUUCAAUGUCUCCUCCGUGUCUGUGGCCAUCAAUCCCACCCCAGCGCUUAAAGGCAUGUUUGACUUUGUGGUGGUCCUCACCUAUGCUAACAGCUGUGCCAACCCUAUCCUGUAUGCCUUCUUGUCUGACAACUUCAAGAAGAGCUUCCAGAAUGUCCUCUGCUUGGUCAAGGUGAGCGGCACAGAUGACGGGGAACGGAGUGACAGUAAGCAGGACAAAUCCCGGCUGAAUGAGACCACAGAGACCCAGAGAACCCUCCUCAAUGGGGAUCUCCAGACCAGUAUCUGA